GUUUUAAGACUAAUCAUCAACUUAAACACUCCGCGCUAGACUCCUUUACAAUGAUGUUUGCAAUUUGUGAAUCGUUAUAAGAACACUUUUGUGGAAUUUCAAGCAAGCUGACACAUUUCCUUGGUAUUCAUCUAAAACACCACACCACCAGCGACUUAAAGUCCUCCUCAAUCGAGUGAAAAAAAGGUGAUCAUAUGAUCAUUAGCUGGUUACUUCCUCAAACUUUCUCAGACGUCCCGUCCCUUCCCUUGUGCUCAGGAGCAGUGUGACUUGCAUUCUGUCCGUCCCCGUCCCCUGUCCAUAGGUGUUUUCGUAUGUACAUUAUUUCGCCUAUUGCAGGAAACGAAACCACCGAACUAUAACAGUGGAGCGGUAGCCAGCGAACUCAUGGCAAGUUCGGAGGCAAGAACUGGACAAAAGAAGCGACAACGAACACCGAAUGGGGGUGUGCGCGCAGCAUUGUUUCUCGCGCUGUUUACCUGCACGCUCAGGUGUUCGGAAUGCAAAAAACCGAGCAAUAUCGUCCUGAUUUUAGCCGAUGAUCAGGAUGUGUACCUCGGGGGAAUGACCCCUAUGAAGAAAACCAAAGUCUUGAUUGGAGAUGCUGGAGCCACCUUUUCAAAUGCUUUCACGGCGACCCCGCUGUGUUGUCCCAGUAGGAGUAGUAUCCUAACGGGGCAGUACCCCCAUAACCACGCAGUGAGGAACAACUCCCUGGAUGGGAACUGCUCCAGCCCCCUGUGGCAGAAAGGACCAGAGACCACGGCCUUCCCGGUCUAUCUCAGCAAACAGCAGUACCAGACCUUCUACGCCGGGAAGUAUCUCAACCAGUACGGGAAGAAGGAAACAGGGAAUGUUGGCUAUGUUCCCCCAGGCUGGGACCAAUGGCAUGCACUGAUGGGGAACUCUCAGUACUACAACUACACUCUGUCAGUCAACGGUAAAGAGGAGAAGCAUGGAGACAAUUAUGAAAAAGACUACCUCACAGACCUCAUAUUGAACAGAUCUCUCCAUUUCCUGGAUGACAGGAGUCCCCAGCGUCCGUUCUUCAUCAUGUUGUCCCCUCCCGCCCCUCACUCCCCCUGGACCGCCGCCCCUCAGUACGAGAAAAACUUUGUAGAUGUCAAAGCCCCCCGGGAUGGUAGCUUUGACAAACCUGGGAAGGAUAAACACUGGUUGUUGCGCCAGCCUAGCAACCCCAUGCCCAGCACCUCCCUGAACUUCCUGGAUAGCGCCUACAGGAAAAGGUGGCAGACCCUGCUGUCAGUGGACGACAUGGUGGAGGCGCUGGUCAAGAAACUAGAAGAGCUGAAGGAGCUCAACAACACCUACAUCUUCUACACUUCUGACAACGGCUACCACACCGGUCAAUUCUCUCUGCCCAUUGAUAAGAGACAAUUGUAUGAGUUUGAUAUCAGGAUCCCUCUCAUGGUGCGUGGGCCAGGCAUCAAACCUAAACAGACACUCCUGGCCCCGGUGUUGAACAUAGACCUGGCUCCCACUUUUCUAGACAUCUCAGGGCUCAACCUCUCCUUCGUCAAUAUGGACGGACAGUCCUUCCUCUCUCAGAUGGCCCCUGAGCUGCGUAACGGUACAGCUCGCCCCUACUUCCUGGUAGAGUACACAGGAGAGGGACACCUUGACCCCGACCCCGCCUGCCCUAAACUGGGCCCUGGUGUGUCGCAAUGUUUCCCAGACUGUGUGUGUGAGGACGCCUACAACAACACCUAUGCCUGUGUUAGGACCCUGGUCGAACACAACCUGCAGUACUGCGAGUUUGCAGACAGUGAGUCAUUUGUGGAGGUAUAUAACUUGACCUCUGACCCCCACCAAUUGGAGAACAUCGUUAAGAAGGUUGACCCCACCCUCCUCCAGGCCAUGAACCAACGGCUGAUCAAGCUGCAGUCAUGCGAGGGCGACAGCUGCCGCGACACCAAGAAAUAACCUAUCACACUGCAGGCUGGGCGGGACCAUAGCCCAGUGCUGACAUCCAAUCCCAAAUUGACCCCGCUUAUCCAUAUGCAACCAAAUGUAGAUCUGAAAGGUAUUAACAAAAUGGCAAUGCGCUUUUUUGAGAUGGCAUACGAAAUGCCUCAAAAGCAGUAGGUGAUGGUCGGGAGGUGUAUCUGUGACCACGAUGUUGGACACCAUCAGAGGUUUUCCCAAAGCACGGCUCAUAUCAAUAUGGCUGCCAAUGUUAAGAAAAUCCCCUUUAGAAUGUGAAAAUAAGGUCCACUUUGAUAGAUUUGGCAUAUAUAUAUUAUUUUUUUGUCAUUUAGCAGUCGCUCUUAUCCAGAGCGACUUACAGUUAGUGAGUGCAUACAU